AUGACCAGCGAUCCCCGAGCUUGGAUCUCCGGCGACGAGAGUGCGGCGGCGAUGCUUUCCCGCCUUCAGGCCUCACGCCCGGCGCUCCUCGUCCCUCCUCUCCAUCGUGUCCCGCUCCGCACUGGCAAUGUUGUGGAGAUCGCCGGACCUUCCCAUUCCGGCAAAUCCCAGGUCCUUUUAGAGGCGGUCAUGCAUUGUAUACUGCCCAAGGAGUGGAAGGGGAUCCAUUUUGGGGGGCUUGAGAAGAUUGUUGUGUAUUUCGAUCUUGAUUGUCGGUUUGAUGUGCUCAGGCUUUCAAAUGCUCUGAGGAUUCGGAUAAUGGACUCCUAUGGAUUAGCAUGGAAUGCCCUUUUGGAAUUCAAAGAGGGGUCACAUAAGGAUGAUUCCAAAGAUGCUGACAUUUGUCCCUUUGAUGAUGAAUUAUUUUUGGCUUGCAUGAGGCGCUUCUUGUAUAUCCGUUGUUACAGUACCUUGGAAUUUUUGGCAGCUCUCAAGACAAUGCAUCAUCAAAUGCUUAAGGAAUAUGAAGCCCUUGGUGUUAAGAGUCAUAUCCUUAUCAUAGAUAGCAUUGGUGCUCAUCAUUGGAUAGAUCGGAGUUGUCAACCCUCUACAUUAGGUGACAAUAGAAGGAAAGGUCUAUCCCUUCAAUGUUUGACAGAAGCAGUUGUUCAUGAAAUCCGCAAUUUGUUGCGAACUCACCCAAUGUUAGUGUUAGCUACAAAGGCCACAAUUUUUGGAGUUGGAACCUCAUCAAAUGACAGACAAAGGACUGUUGGGAAGCAUUUGUUGCAAGAUACGAUUGGAUCAAUGACUUCAACAAAGGAAACUCAACAGCAUCAGUAUCGUGAGUAUAUGCCUUCAAUAUGGCAGUCAUUUGUUACACACAGGAUAUGUUUACGAGCUUCAGAUAGAACUGCCACUGAUAUUGGAGACAAAGCUUCUCCCAUUUAUACAUCCGAGUGGGUCCUUCCACAACUAAAUCAUCUGGACAAAUUUGUUAUCAGAGAUGAUGGUAUAUUUAUGCUUCCUUGAAAGGCUGAAUUUUUCAGAAUCACAAUGAGGAUGGGGAGUGCUUUGGAGAGUAACAACGCUACCACAUUCCAGGUUGUUCAUCCUUCAGUUUGUUUAAUUCCUUAUGUCAGACCUCUCUAUGUUUGUCUUUUAUGUUUAAUGUUUUUCUCUUGUAUAAUUAAUUAUGUCUUCUCUUGAAUUAGUGUUUCAUAUUUUGCAAAGAUAUUUUGUUCAAAAAGUGAAUUGAAAAAAAAAAA